CUCUGUAUGUAUGCGUGAGGCUUCACGUGACCGGAAGCGGAAGCGUCGCGCGCGCGCGCCAUGGCGGUACCGGCGCGGCUCUGGGGCCGCAUCGGAGGCAUCAGCGGAGCCGCAGCGGUGGCGGCCGCGGCUUAUGGGGCGCACGGUUUGCGCCGCAGCGACCGAGAUGAGUACCAGAAAGAGCUCUACGAGACGGCGAAUCGGUACCACCUCCUCCACAGCCUCGCGCUGCUCGCGGUGCCCCACGCCCGACGCCCCGCCAUGGCCGGGUCCCUGUUCUGCGCUGGCCUCACUCUCUUCUGCCUCCCCUUAUACUACCACGGCCUCACGGGGGACCCGAGCCUCAACCGCGCCGCCCCCGUGGGCGGGAGCCUCCUCAUCCUCGCCUGGGCGGCCCUGGCGCUAUGACCUCCCCCUUUAUAGUCCUUUGGAGCCAUUGCCCCUUUAAGACUGCAGUGUUCCCCCCUCUUUUCUACUCCUUUAAGAUCGUUGCCCCUUUAAGAUUGCAGUGUCCCUCUCCUUUAUAGUCCUUUUGGGCCAUUGCCCCUUUAAGACUGCAGUUUCCCCCCUCUUUUCUACUCCUUUAAGAUUGCAGUGUCCCUCUCCUUCAUACUCCUUUUGGGCCAUUGCCCCUUUAAGACUGCAGUGUUCCCCUCCUUUAUACCCCUUUUGGAUCAUUGCCUCUUUAAGAGCGCGCUACCCUUUUGUUUUACCUCUUUAAGGCCGUUGCCCCUUUAAGAGCGUGACAGCCCCCCACCCCCCCAGUGCCACUUUAAGAGCGCGGUACUCUUUAGUUUAUACACCUUUAAGGCCGUUGCCCUUUUAAGAGCGUGACAACCCCCCCCCCCCGCCCCCGUUAGUUUAUACACUUUUAAGGCCGUUGCCCUUUAAAAAAGGGGCCCAACGCCCCUUUAAGACCUCGAUCCUAUGUUUACGACCGUUGCCCCUUUAAGAGUUCUGUUCCCUCCCCCCCGUCGCCCACGUAAAGCCGUUGUCCUUUUAAGGGGGCGUGGCCUCGGGCAGCGCCCAUUGAGGUCACGGUGACGUCACGGCUGUUGCGGGGCAGCUGCCAAUGGGGGGUAAUAAAGGAGCGGCUCUGA